AUGGACUCCACUAGCGGUCUUGGAGCGCCUGAUGGCUUGGACAGACAUGCAUCCUCUACCAAUGGCCAACCGUCAGCCACUGGCGCUGAGCUGGCGACUGCUCAGCCUCAAGAUUCUACAGUAUCCAGCCGGUCAGAUGUUCCAAACCGGUCAACCCCAAAGCAGAGGGCUAAAUGCCGCUUCUUUACUUCCCAAAAGGGAUGUCGCGCCGGCGAUGCUUGCCCGUAUAUCCACGAUUUGGCCGAUUCUAAACGGAAGAGUGCACAGCCUGGGGCGCAAGUGCAGGGCGGCUCAGCCAAUGAGGUCGAAGAUUCCCAGAAUUCUUUACAACGUGUAGCUACCGAUGUUAGAAAUCUUUCCAUAAAUGACACCAAGGAAGUCAGGGCUGUUCCUCAGGCAGGAGCCAAGCCGAGUUUCCACGCCGGCCAAAGGCCAAUUUCUAAGGCCGAAAGCUCGAGCCCGAGGGAAUUUCAGAUCAAUCAGCUGAGACGAAGGUUUCGUCCAAAGGAAACCACUGACGGGUCAGGGACAUCCUUAACAAUUGAAAUGGCUCCUUCUGACCCCGAUUUUCCAUUUGAAAUGGAUAAGCUGCAAUGCAUUCUGCAUGUGCCGCUGUCCUAUCCCGGACAGGGAAGACCUACGUUAACAGUAAUUAAUCCGGACAUGGAAAGGGCUUUCCAAGCCAAUGUGGAGAGAGGCUUCGAUGAUAUUGUCGACAGUACGUUGAGGACGGGUGGCCGAGGAACUUUGUUGAGUUGGAUGAACAGCCUCGAUCGGCAUCUGGAGCGCUUGCUUACAACCACUGAAAGAGGACCCACCCUCAAGUUCGUCCCUAAUGUUGGCAGCAAGGAAGUACAGGAGCGUCGAGCGCCAGAGCAGGUACGGGUAUCCCUCACUGAUACGCCUGCAACGGAACAAAAGCCAGUUCCAAAGCCAACGGCACCAGUCACGAAUGUUUCCAGGGUUUACACCACGGAAGAAAAAGCCCAGGCGGAACGAAGAAGGGCAGUCGAAACAAAACAAAUCGAGGCUCGGCUCGGUAGAUUGCCCCUAUUUCAGAAGUCUCGAGAUGAAUUGUCCUACGUUAUUCCUGUGCAACCCUCCAAAGUGGAACGCCUGCCUGUUUCACUUCGACCAAUCAAGACAGUGAAGUUGCUGGUGCCUCGUCUAUACCCUCUAGAGCCAAGUUCAAUUGAGCUUCAGGGUAUAAGAUCUCCCGAAGCCCAAUCUGUAGAGGUCGGCUUCUCGCAGUGGGUGAAGGCAAACGCUCAGCUUAACUUGAUGUCCCAAAUCAAUUACUUGACGAGCAAUCUGCACACUCUUGCGACGACCGCCUUAAAAUCGGCAGUGGAACCGACGCCAGAACCGACCACGAGCUCUGUGAAUCUAUCCGAGGAAUCUGUACCGUCUCGCUCAAACAAUCCGAUGCUUGAGGUGGAGGAUAAACCUCAUAUUCGUGUCAUUCCACGUCCUCCAGAAUGGACUGCAGGAGAUAGUGAUGAGGGCACCGAGGUCUCAGAAUUCUCGACAUCAGAAGACGGCUUCACGGACGAGGAUGGAGAUGACGAGGACGGCGGCACUCCUGUUCCUGACAUGCCGGCACCGACAGCUGAACGUGGAGUGGCCCUUUCCUUCCCCUACCUGGAGCUGUAUGGCAUUGAGCUCCUGGAGCUUGUAGGUCUCUACAUCACAAUCAAGUGCGAUCGUUGCAAAGAGCACUUGGACGUGAGAAAUAUCCCGCAGGUCAAGGAUAAGAGUGAUGUAUUGGCUCCGAAAGUCGAGACGUGCAAGAAGUGUACCAACACAAUGAGCCUUGGCUUUCGAAGACAGCUGAUGCAUGCGCACUCCACCCGCGCGGGAUAUUUGGAUUUGGACGGCUGUACCGUUGUCGACCUUCUUCCCAGUAGCUUUAUCCCGACCUGCGCAGAAUGCUCGACGACAUUUGCUGGACCUGGCGUCGUUGCAGUUCGCGGCGAGAGUGCAACUGCUUCCUGCCGUCAGUGCCAUCGCAAAAUGGUCUUCAAAAUCCCCGAGGUCAAGUUCUUGAUUGUAGGAUCUGCUGCAUUCACCUCUCGUGAUCGUGUUCCACAGCGGAAGAAGCCGAAAGAGACCCUUGGUAUAGUCGCUGGUCAGGAGUUGCCUCGUCGAGGCAGAUGUAUGCACUACGGUAAAAGCUAUCGAUGGUUCAGGUUCAGCUGUUGCGCAAAGGUUUUCCCCUGUGACAAAUGCCAUGACGCAGCUACAGAUCAUCCGAAUGAACAUGCAAACCGCAUGAUUUGUGGAUUCUGUUCAAGAGAACAAGUCUACCGCCCCGAGAACUGCGGUAUAUGCCGUGCAGUCCUCGUCGGAAAAGCAGGCAGCGGUUUCUGGGAAGGAGGAAAGGGUACAAGGAACAAGGUUCUGAUGAGCCGAAAGGACCCGCGAAAGUAUAAACGUCUGGCAGCGACAAAACCAGGUGGUUCGAGCUCCUCGAAGAAAUGA